CUCGAACCGGUUUCUCGGCAGAUCCUGCCGGUCUCCGAAGAGGGUCGGAUCAUGGACGGGCUGCGGGCCAGCGCCGGGCUGUUGAGGCGUGGGCGGUCGAGGCGCCGGCGCCAGCCGCAGCCACACAGCGGGUCGGUCCUGGCCCUCCCUUUGAGGCCCAGGAAGAUCCGGAGGCAGUUGAGGAGAAGUGUUGCGUCCCGCAUGGCCGCACUGAGGGCCCAGACACUGCCGAGUGAGGACUCGGAAGACUCGAGAGUGGAGUCGACGGUCGACGAUCCCGGGGACCCGCUGUCCGGUGGGGCGGCGACCAUCCCAGACGCGGUCCGGCGAGAGUCCUACGGGCACCUCGGGCCUGCAGAGCUGCUGGAAGCCUCGCCGGCGUCCCGCUCCCUGCAGACCCCGCCCGCGCGCCUAGUGGAGGCGCAGACUCCGCCGGCGCGUCUGGUGCCGGCAUCGGCGCCGCCCGCGCGCCUGGUGGAGAUGCCCGCUGCGCCGGCCCGCGUGGUGGACACCUCGGCCCUUCUGUGCUCUGCCCAGCACUUGGCGGCCGCCCCGCCCUCCGUGGCCGCCGCGACGUUGUCCGGGGUUCCGGGGGACAGCACGGGCGGGGACUCUCCGCUGCAGCGCAUCUUGGCGGAGCUGAACCGCAUCCCCAGCAGCCGGCGGCGGGCUGCGCGCCUCUUUGAGUGGCUCAUCGCGCCCAUGCCGCCAGACCAUUUCUACCGGCGCCUGUGGGAGCGGGAGGCGGUGCUGGUGCGGCGCCAGGACCACACCUACUACCAGGGUCUCUUCUCUACCGCUGACCUGGACUCUAUGCUGCGCAACGAGGAGGUGCAAUUUGGACAGCACCUGGACGCUGCACGCUACAUCAACGGGCGGCGCGAGACUUUGAACCCUCCCGGCCGCGCUCUGCCCGCUGCUGCGUGGUCCCUGUACCAGGCUGGUUGCUCCCUGCGCCUCCUCUGCCCGCAGGCUUUCUCGACCACUGUGUGGCAGUUUUUGGCUGUGCUCCAGGAGCAAUUUGGUAGCAUGGCAGGCUCCAACGUUUAUCUCACGCCCCCCAACUCGCAAGGCUUUGCUCCACACUACGACGACAUCGAAGCUUUUGUGCUGCAGUUAGAAGGUAGAAAACUCUGGCGCGUCUACCGACCCCGGGUUCCGACUGAGGAACUAGCCCUGACAUCCAGUCCCAACUUCAGCCAGGACGACCUGGGUGAGCCUGUACUGCAGACAGUGCUGGAACCUGGAGAUUUGCUCUAUUUUCCUCGUGGCUUCAUUCACCAAGCCGAAUGCCAGGACGGAGUCCACUCUUUGCACCUCACCUUGUCCACAUAUCAGCGUAAUACUUGGGGUGACUUCCUGGAGGCUGUACUGCCUCUGGCAGUGCAGGCUGCCAUGGAGGAAAAUGUGGAGUUUCGUCGGGGUCUGCCCCGAGACUUCAUGGAUUACAUGGGGGCCCAGCAUUCGGAUUCUAAAGAUCCUCGAAGAACCGCAUUCAUGGAGAAGGUGCGGGUCUUGGUUGCCCGCUUGGGACACUUUGCCCCUGUCGAUGCUGUGGCUGACCAGCGAGCUAAAGACUUCAUCCACGAUUCUCUGCCCCCUGUGUUGAGUGACAGGGAGCGAGCACUAAGUGUUUAUGGGCUUCCGAUUCGCUGGGAGGCUGGAGAACCUGUAAACGUGGGGGCCCAGUUGACAACAGAAACAGAAGUGCACAUGCUUCAGGAUGGAAUAGCUCGUCUGGUGGGUGAAGGAGGCCAUUUGUUUCUUUAUUACACAGUGGAAAACUCCCGAGUGUAUCAUCUAGAAGAACCCAAGUGCUUGGAGAUCUACCCCCAGCAAGCUGAUGCUAUGGAACUCUUGCUUCGCUCCUACCCAGAGUUUGUGAGAGUAGGGGACUUACCCUGUGACAGUGUGGAGGACCAGCUGUCCUUGGCAACUAUGUUAUAUGAUAAGGGGCUGCUGCUCACCAAGAUGCCUCUCAGCUGAACUGAUUUCUUGUUGAUUGCAGGAGUGAUCCUUUCUUACAACGACCACUUUUUUUUUUAAGCUCACAUUGUUAACCUUGAUAACCAUCAUUGUUCUCACACUUACCUUUAUGAGUGUUUCAGUGUCAUAAAACUCAG